CCAGCCAUGACGGGGCCCCGGGGCCUCCUCGUGCUCUGCCUCUUGGCAUUCUGUUUGGUAGGCUCCGGCUUCAAGAGGCAGUUGCAGCUGCGGUCCAGACGCUGCAAUGUGAAGACCAGGCUUGUCACUCACAUGUUCUGUACUUCCUGUGCUGCCACCAAGAAGCCCGUUUGUCCCCAGGGCUGGCUUUGGAGAUAUCCAGAGAAGACAUCCCGGCCCUGCCGCUACGAGGUGCAGCUGGGGGACUCUGUGGUGUCCAUGAGUGGCUGCAGCCUGGUGUGCUCCAAGGAGGUGAUGCAAGAGGCCUGUUGCCCUGGCUACUGGGGUUCCCAGUGCUACGAGUGCCCUGGGGGUGCAGAGACCCCAUGCAAUGGCCACGGGACCUGCCUAGAUGGCAUGGCCAGGAACGGGACCUGCGUGUGCCAGGACAACUUCAGUGGCUCAGCCUGCCAGGAGUGCCGAGACCCCACCCACUUCGGGCCUGACUGCCAGUCAGUGUGCAGCUGUGUGCACGGCGUGUGCAACCGUGGGCCGCUCGGGGAUGGAAGCUGCCUGUGCUUUGCCGGGUACACUGGGCCGCGCUGCGACCAGGAGCUGCCCGCCUGCCAGGCCCUGCACUGUCCACAGAACUCCCAGUGCUCCGCAGAGGCCCCCUCCUGCAGGUGCCUGCCCGGCUUCAUCCGGCAGGGUGACAGCUGCCGAGCUCUCGACCCCUGCCAGUCAUCGCCCUGCUCGGCGCUGGCCCAGUGCUCAGUGAGCCCCGAGGGGCAGGCUCAGUGUCACUGCCCUGAGAACUACCAUGGCGAUGGGACAGUGUGUCUCCCCGAGGACCCGUGCACCUCCAACUCCGGGGGCUGCCCCAGCAACUCCACCUUGUGUUUGUACCAGGGGCCAGGCAAGGCCAUCUGCUCAUGCCAGCAAGGCCUGAUCAACCGCAACCACAAUGCCUCUGCGGGCUGCUCCGCUGUCUGUCUCCUCCGCACCUGUGACUCGUCAGCCACCUGCCAGAUGACCCCUGACGGGAAGACCAGCUGUGUGUGCAAGGAGGGCGAGGUGGGGGACGGGCGUGCCUGCUACGGACACCUGCUGCAUGAGGUGCAGAAGGCCACGCAGGUGGGCCUGCUGUUCCCGCGGAUGAGAGUCGCCGUCGCCAUGCUGGAUCAGGGCUGCCGGGAGCUCCUCACCAGGUCGGGCCCGUUCACCGUGCUGGUGCCGUCUGUCUACUCUGCCAGCUCCUUCUCCUCCCAGUCCUCCGGGCCCAUGAACGCAACCCUCGCCCGGCAGCUCUGCAGACAGCACGUCAUCGCAGGGCAGCACAUCCUGGAGGACCCGGGCUCCCGGCCGACACGCAGGUGGUGGACACUGGCGGGGCAGGAGGUCACCGUCACCCUGAACAGCUUCAAGAAAUACACGUACUGGUACAAAGACCAGCCCCAGCAGACGUUCGGCAUCGACAGGGCCAACUACAUCGCUUCCAAUGGCAUCUUCCACUUGGUCACUGCACUGCAGUGGCACCUUCCCCCCGGCUUCCCUGGGGACCCUGGGAGGACUAUCGGCCAGAUCCUUGCCUCCACCGAAGCCUUCAGCCGGUUUGAAACCAUUCUGGAGAACUGUCAGCUGCCCUCCAUCCUGGAUGGGCCUGGGCCCUUCACAGUGUUCGUCCCGAGCAACGAGGCCGUGGACAGCUUGCGCGACGGCCGCCUGAUCUACCUCUUCACAGCGGGUCUCUCCAAGCUGCAAGAGCUGGUGAGACACCACAUCUACAGUCACGGCCAGCUGACCAUCGAGAAGCUCAUCUCCAAGCGCCGGGUCUUCACCAUGGCGAAUCAGGUCCUGGCUGUGAAUAUCUCCGAGGAGGGGCGGAUCCUGCUGGGACCUGAGGGGGUCCCUAUUCGGAGAGUGGACUUGCCAGCUGCCAACGGUGUGCUCCACCUGCUGGAGGGCAUCCUGCUGCCCCCGACCAUCCUGCCCAUCCUGCCCAAGCACUGUGACGAGGAGCAGCACGAGGUGGUGCCGGGCUCUUGCGUGGACUGCCAUGUCCUGAACACCAGCACGUGCCCCCCGGACAGCAUUAAGCUGGACAUCUUGCCCAAGGAGUGCGUCUACAUCCAUGACCCCACUGGGCUCAACGUGCUGAAGAAGGGCUGCGCCCACUUCUGCAACCAGACCAUCGUGAAACGUGGCUGCUGCAAAGGUUUCUUCGGGCCUGACUGCGCGCAGUGUCCCGGGGGCUUCUCCGACCCCUGCUAUGGCAAAGGCAACUGCAGUGAUGGGGUCCGAGGCAACGGGGCCUGCCAGUGCUUCCCAGACUACAAGGGCAUUGCCUGCCACAUCUGCUCCAACCCAAACAAGCAUGGGGACCAGUGCCAGGAAGACUGCGGCUGUGUUCAUGGUCUAUGUGACAACCGUCCGGGCAGUGGAGGGGUGUGCCAGCAGGGCACGUGUGCUCCUGGCUUCAGCGGCCGCUUCUGCAACGAGUCUGUUGGCGACUGUGGACCCACAGGGCUGGCCCGGCGCUGUCACCAGCACGCCAGCUGUGUUAGCCAGGGGGGUGUUUCCAGGUGUGUCUGUCUCGAUGGCUUCGAGGGCGAUGGCUUCUCCUGCACGCACAGCAACCCCUGCUCCCGCCCGGACCGUGGCGGCUGCUCAGAAAACGCUGAGUGUGUCCCUGGGGCCCUGGGCACCCACCUCUGCACGUGCCACAAAGGUUGGAGUGGAGAUGGCCGCGCCUGUGUGGCCAUUGAUGAGUGUGAGCUGGACACGCGGGGUGGCUGCCAUGCCGACGCCCUCUGCAGCUACGUGGGCCCUGGGCAGAGUCGGUGCACCUGCAAGCUGGGCUUCGCGGGGGACGGUAUCCAGUGCAGCCCCAUCGACCCCUGCCGGGCUGGCAAUGGCGGCUGCCAUGACCUGGCCACCUGCCAAGCAGUGGGGGGAGGCCAGCGGACCUGCACUUGUCCCCCCGGCUUCGGGGGUGAUGGCCUGAGCUGCUACGGAGACAUCACCAGGGAGCUGGAGGCGAACGCCCACUUCUCUGCCUUCUACCAGUGGUUUAAGGAUGCCGGCAUUGUACUUCCAAACAACAGCCGGGUCACCGCCCUGGUGCCCUCCGAGGCUGCCAUCCAGAGGCUGAGCCCCGACAACCGAGCCUUCUGGCUGCAGCCGCGGAGGCUGCCGGAGCUGGUCAGGGCCCACUUUCUGCAGGGUGCCCUCUCCGAAGAGGAACUGGCCAGGAUGGGCGGGCGGGAUGCUGCCACCCUGAGCCCCACCACAUGCUGGACGAUUCGCAACAUCAGUGGGAGGGUCUGGGUGCAGAAUGCCAGUGUGGACGUGGCAGACCUCCUGGCCACCAACGGCGUCCUCCACAUCCUCAGUCAGGUCCUGCUGCCUCCUCGCGGGGACCAGCGCGGGGACCAGGGCUUGCUGCAGCAGCUGGACUCCGUGCCUGCCUUUCGCCUUUUCCGGGAGCUGCUGCAGCGCCACAACUUGGUGCCCCAGAUCGAGACUGCCACCGCCUACACCAUCUUCGUGCCCACCAACCGCUCCCUGGAGGCCCAGGGCAACAGCAGCAGCCUGGACGCAGACACAGUGCGACACCACGUGGUCCUGGGAGAGGCGCUCUCCACCGAAGCCCUGCGGAGAGGGGGACACCGCAACUCCCUCCUGGGCCCCGCCCACUGGCUGGUCUUCUACAACCACAGCGGCCAGCCUGAGGUGAACCACGUGCCGCUGGAAGGCCCCUGGCUGGAGGCCCCUGGACGCUCACUGUUUGGCCUGUCGGGGGUCCUGGCCGUGGGCUCAAGUCGCUGCCUACACAGCCAUGCUGAGGCCCUGCGGGAGAAAUGCGUAAACUGCACCCGGAAAUUCCGCUGCACCCAGGGCUUCCAGCUGCAGGACAUGCCCAAGAAGAGCUGCGUCUACCGGUCUGGCUUCUCCUUCUCCCGCGGUUGUUCUUACACGUGUGCCAAGAAGAUCCAGGUGCCCGACUGCUGCCCCGGCUUCUUCGGCACCCUGUGCGAGCCGUGCCCGGGGGGCCUGGGCGGCGUGUGCUCAGGCCACGGCCAGUGCCAGGACAGGCUCCUGGGCAGCGGGGAGUGCCGGUGCCAUGAGGGCUUCCACGGAACGGCCUGCGAGAUGUGUGAGCUGGGCCGCUACGGCCCCAACUGCACUGGAGUGUGCGACUGUGCCCACGGGCUCUGCCAGGAGGGGCUGCAAGGGGAUGGAAGCUGUGUGUGCUCUGUGGGCUGGCAGGGCCCCCGCUGUGACCAGAAGCUCACCAGCCCUCAGUGCUCUCAGAAAUGUGACCCCAAUGCCAACUGCAUAUUGGACCCCACUGGAAGACCCACGUGCAUCUGUGCUGCAGGAUACUCGGGCAGCGGCACCCACUGCGCAGAGGUGGACCCCUGUGCCCAUGGCCGUGGGGGCUGCUCCCCCCACGCUAACUGCACCAAGGUGGCCCCCGGCCCCUGCCAUGAUGGCUACGCAGGCGAUGGGGAGCUAUGCGAGGAGGUGAAUGGUUGUCUUGUCCACAAUGGCGGCUGCCACGCUCACGCCGAGUGCAUCCCCACAGGCCCCCAGCAGGUCUCCUGCAGCUGCCGCGAGGGUUACAGUGGGGACGGCAUCCGGACCUGUGAGCUCCUGGACCCCUGCUCCCAGAGAAACGGAGGCUGCAGCCCCUACGCCGUGUGUAAGAGCACAGGGGACGGCCAGCGGACGUGCACCUGUGACGCGGCCCGCACCGUGGGUGACGGCUUCCCCUGCCGCGGCCGGGUUAGCCUGGAGCUCCUACGGGACAGGGAUGCCUUGUUCUUCAGCCUCCACCUCCUGGAGUACAAGGAGCUCAAGGGCAGUGGGCCCUUCACCGUCUUCGUGCCGCACGCAGACGUAAUGGCCAACCUGUCGCAGGAUGAUCUGACCCGGAUUCGAGCCAAUCGCCAACUUGUGUUCCGCUACCACGUGGUGGGCUGCCGGCAGCUGCAGAGCCAGGAGCUGCUGGACCAGGGCUAUGUCACCACGCUCUCGGGGCACCCGCUGCACUUCAGCGAGAGGGGGGGCAACAUAUACAUCAACGACUUCGCCCGGGUGGUGAGCAGCGACCAGGAGGCGGUGAACGGCGUCCUGCACUUCAUCGACAGAGUCCUGCUGCCGCCCGACGUGCUACACUGGGAGCCGGGCACUGCCCCGAUCCCGCGGAGAAACGUGACUGUCACCGCCGCGGCGGAGAGCUUCGGUUACAAGAUCUUCAGUGGGCUUGUGAAGACGGCUGGCCUCCUGCCCUUGUUCCAAGACGCAGCCCACAGACCCUUCACGAUGCUGUGGCCCACGGACGCAGCCCUGCAGGCCCUGCCUUCUGACCGCCAGGCCUGGCUCUACCAUGAGGACCACCGUGACAAGCUGGCAGCCAUCCUGCGGGGUCAUGUGAUCCGCAACAUUGAGGCCUUGGCGUCUGACCUGCCCAACCUGGGCGACCUCCGGACCAUGCACGGGAACCUCGUCUCCUUCUCCUGCAGCCGGGCCCGGCCCGGAGAGCUCAGUGUGGACGAGGACAACGCCCGCAUCGUGCAGCGGCACCUGCCCUUUGAGGGUGGCCUGGCUUACGGCAUUGACCAGCUGCUGGAGCCUCCCGGCCUUGGUGCCCGCUGCGACCACUUUGAGACCUCGCCGCUGCGACUGUCUUGCAGCAUCUGCGGGCUGGAGCCGCCCUGUCCUGAGGGCUCGCGGGAGCAGGGCAGCCCUGUGCCCUGCUGGCGCUACUACUCCAAGUUCUGGGGGUCCCCUUCGCUGCGCUUCCUGGCAUUGCGCAGUGGCUCAAUCGAGCCCAACCCCUGGGACCAAGCCAUUGGCCGGGCCAGGGGCUGCCAACGGCGCUGUGUCACCACCACCUGGAAGCCCAGCUGCUGUGCCGGUCACUACGGCAGUGAGUGCCGAGCUUGCCCCGGCGGCCCCAGCAGCCCCUGCAGUGGGCACGGUGUGUGUCUGGACGGCAUGAGCGGCAGCGGGCAGUGUCGGUGCCGCUCGGGCUUUGCAGGGACAGCUUGUGAACUCUGCGCCUCGGGCGCCUUUGGACCCAACUGCCAAGCCUGCCGCUGCACCUCUCAUGGCCGCUGUGACGAGGGCCUGGGGGGCUCUGGCUCCUGUUUCUGUGAUGAAGGCUGGACGGGGCCGCGCUGCGAGGUGCAGCUGGAGCUGCAGCCUGCGUGUGACCCGCCCUGCGCACCCCAGGCCGUGUGCCGUGCCGCCAACAGCUGCGAGUGCAGCCUGGGCUACGAAGGGGACGGCCACACGUGCACGGUGGUGGACCUGUGCCAGGAUAGGCGUGGCGGCUGCAGUGAGCACGCCAACUGCAGCCAGGUGGGCCCCGUGGUCACCUGUGCCUGCCUGCCGCACCACGGCGGCUGCAGCGAGCAUGCCGACUGCCUGAGCACCGGCCCGAGCCCCCGGCGCUGCAAGUGCCACGCCGGCUACGUGGGGGACGGCUUGCAGUGUCUGGAGGAGCAGGAGCCGCCUGUGGACCGCUGCCUGGGCCAGCCCUCGCCCUGCCAUGCCGACGCCACGUGCACUGACCUCCACUUCCAGGAGAAACGGGCUGGUGUCUUCCAUCUCCAGGCCACCAGCGGCCCCUAUGGCAUGAACUUCUCAGAGGCUGAGGUGGCAUGUGAGGCCCAGGGAGCUGUCCUGGCCUCACCCCUGCAGCUCUCCGCUGCCCAGCAGCUGGGAUUCCACCUGUGCCUCGUGGGCUGGCUGGCUAAUGGCUCUGCCGCCCACCCUGUCGUCUUCCCUGCACCUGACUGUGGCGGCGGGCGGGUGGGCGUGGUCAGCCUGGGCACCCGCAGAAACCUUUCGGAGCGCUGGGACGCCUACUGCUACCGUGUGCAAGACGUGGCCUGCCAGUGCCGAGCUGGCUUCGUGGGUGAUGGGGUCAGCGUGUGCAACGGGAAGCUGCUGGACGUCCUGGCCACCACCGCCAACUUCUCCACCUUCUACGGGAUGCUGCUGGGGUAUGCCAACGCCACCCAGCAGGGUCUCGACUUCCUGGGCUUCCUGGAUGACGAGCUCACCUACAAGACACUCUUCGUCCCUGUCAACGAGGGCUUUGUGGGCAACAUGACACUGAGUGGCCCAGACCUAGAGCUGCAUGCUUCCAACACCACCUUCCUGAGUGCCAACGCCAGCCAGGGGGCCUUGCUCCAUGCCCACUCGGGCCUCAGCCUCGUCAUCGGGGACACGCACCCUAGCAACAGCUCCCGGACCCCUGCGGCCCCAGGGGCAGUUGUGGUCAGCCACGUCCUCGUGUGGGACAUCAUGGCCUUCAAUGGCAUCAUCCACGCUCUGGCUGGUCCCCUCCUGGCACCCCCAGAGCCCCGCCGGUGGCGGCAGGGGGGUCCGGGGGCCCCGCCGGUGGCGGCAGGAGUGGGGGCUGUGGUGGCUUUCGGAACCGUGCUCGGCCUGGUGGCCGGAGCCUUUUACCUUCGUGCACGAGGAAAGCCCACAGGCUUCGGCUUCUCGGCCUUCCAGGCAGAAGAUGAUGCCGACGAUGACUUCUCCCCGUGGCAAGAAGGGACCAACCCCACUCUAGUCUCUGUCCCCAACCCUGUCUUUGGCAGCCACGAGGCUUUCUGUGAACCCUUUGACGACUCGCUGCUGGAGGAGGACUUCCCAGACACCCAGAGGAUCCUCGCAGUCAAGUGACGACGCAGCCGGGGCGGAGGCAGAGGCACACGAGGGAGGGAGGUCACGUUUAUUGCUCGUCUGGACAGAUGCCCGGAAUGGAGGGGGCAGGAGGGGCUGGGGUCCGUCCUGGACAAUAAAGGAGGCUCAGCGGAUGUGGGCCAUGUCGCCAA